UGAGAGAAUACAUUUUUUUUAAGCAACCGCUAAGCAGCUGCCUAGUGGCAUUAAUCAAUCAUUUACAUCAACACACAAAACGACAAAUCCAAAAUGGAAAUCCAACACAACACUAAAGGGAAAGUAGAUUCUCUUGGAUGCACAGAUCUAGUGGAGAAUUGCAUAAACUCCAACUUUCUUCACCCUCUGAUUUCACACUUGAAGCUCUGCUCCACAGCUCCUCAAUCUUCAAACCCAGAUUGCAGACAGCGUUCAGAGCACCAACACUAAGAGUGAAAAUGUCAUCGUCAGACCUGUUGCCCCUUCCUUGGCUCGUCGAAGCGAGCAUCUAUACUGUGAAAAUUGGCAAUGACACUGUCAUCACAACAGUUGCUGAUCAUGCAGUUAUUUUCUACAGUAGCAUCUCGGAACUAAAGAGUGAAUUGAAGAGUACUCUAAAUCCAUUUGUUGGAGUUGAUGUGGUAAAUAAUGGAGAUUUAUUGCUGUUUCAUGUGAAAAACCGGUGCAUAAUAAUUCAAUUUAAGCGCUUGGUGCUCUCGGAUAAUAAAAAUGAUAUCCCCCACUCUCUUAAGGAGUUCCUGUAUGAUCGAACCAUUACUUUUAUAGGUCCUAGAAACAUAAUCCAGAAAUCUACACUCUCAUAUCAGCAAUCUGGGCUCUGCGGGGAGAAGUUAGAACUUAAUAGAAUUGUGGAUGUUGGUUAUUUGGCUGCCAAGCUUCUGAAGAAACCAAAGCUGUUGAGUAGUACACUUGAAGAGUUGAUGGGUGAAGUUGACGUUGAUAUUAAGAAGCCCGUCAUUAGUGAAGGCUCAAUACGUCCUAAUUGGCAAUCAUCUUCUGUUCUUUCGGAGGAGGAGGUGAAAUUUGCUAUGUAUGAAGUCCAUUCAUGCUAUCAAAUUGCAAGCAAGCUUGCUGAUGCGAUAAGCGCAAGUGUGAUUGGGGUGUAAGACCGAGUCAGCAGAACAACUCAAAGAUAAAAGAAGUAUCGUUAAGUUGCCUUUGUUCUGUAGUUGUUAUUUAUGAUGCCGUUAUCCAGACUGCUUAUAAGUCUUAGUUCUAUGAUAUUGUUCUUUUAAGACUUUAAACUGAAAUGAUUGUUAGUAAUUUUCUUUA